GGGCCUGUCUUUCAGUAACAAUAUAACGAACAAGGACUCUGAUCCACAUUAAUGAUCUAUGGGUCGAGAAUUCUGAAUCCCAUGAUGAUAUUGCCUUGAGUCCCUUCUACAUACCCGAAUUGACUGAUCACCGCUUCCAACCUCGUGUCCAAACGAUUUCGAAGUCGAUCUUUGCUGGCGGUGACCUCAUGACGUCUCAUUGCCGCCAACCCUUCGCUCAAGAUUCUCAUCUUGGAAGGGGGACAACACACAUACAACCAGAAUGCACAUAUCCAGCCGGUGCGCUUCGCCACACAUUUUGCUCCGACGAGCACAACUGUGUCAUCCUCGCCAAUCCCAGCCAAGAUGUGGGCGAACGUACAAUGUUAUUUCCCAGUGGUAGAAAUAGUCAUUAUGAGCGCAUAUAUGCAUAUUGUCACUUUAUUGUAGUUGUGGCCUAUGCUCGAACUUCGGCGUCUGACUACGAUGACUGGGAGGCAGUCCACCAGAACACAGGAUGGGGCUCUACAGUACUGAUUCCGCUUCUGAAGAAGACAGAGACAUAACAGAUCAAGGACAUCCAACCUACCCACGGAUACAGCGAGCCUCUCAAGGUCUCUUGGUAAGGCGCAGUCGAGUGUCGGUAAAUAAUUCUUGGGUGUAGCAGACUAAUACCACAAAGAACGGCGAUGUGGAUGAUGACCACAAAUUAUCUAGUGUCAAUGCAUAUAGUGUGACCUUCGCCAAAACGAGUCAAGGAAAUCCUGUGACUCGUAGCUAUUUACCUCAAUAUAUCUCCAGUUAGAUUAGUGCGCAAACUGGACCGUGGUCCGACACGGCUCAUCAUUUCAUCUACAAUCAACAGAGCAACAA